CAUUUGACAUGCCUAGACGAAGACCACAAAAUAAGACAAUACACCGGAGCAUAUGAAAAAGAAUGUUCUGUUUAUCCACAAGACGCAACCACAAGUCCACAAUAGCGACAUGGAUCAAAUUAUGACCUCGAGUCCAAUACCGAAGUAAUUUAGUAAUUGUUCCUUGAGAAAAACAACCUCUAAAUCCAUACUAAUCUGGUUUGGAAAUUUAUUCUCUUUCUCUGAAGAUGAGUAGUGUAACGAGUACUGGAGCAAUUAUAGCAUCAACCCAUUUGAAUUUUCCUUCAAUUUCUGAUUACACCCACAUCUCUAAGCUGCAUAAUCCCAUUUAUGGAAGAAGAACAAGAAUUCGGAUUCAAUGUUCAUCUUCAUCUCCUGACUUCUCCUCAAGUACUGAGAAUUUUAAGGACACUAUUUCUCUCACAGGUGGUGCACUGGAAUUUCAGAAGGCAACUACCUCUCUUUCAUCUGAGCAAUUGCCUUCCCCAAAGAAGAUAACACUUGUCAGGCAUGGCCUUAGCUCAUGGAAUGCUGAAAGUAGAGUUCAGGGAAGUUCAGACUUAUCUGUUCUGACAGAUGAGGGAGCAAAGCAGGCGGAGAGAUGUAGGAAGGCGUUAGCAAAUAUACAUUUUGAUAAAUGCUUCGCAAGUCCAAUCACUCGUGCUAAGUCUACUGCUGAAAUACUAUGGCAAGGGAGAAAAGAACCACUUAUUUACUAUGAUUCUUUGAAGGAGGUUCAUCUUUUUUUAUUGGAAGGCAUGAAAAACGAGGAUGCUAAACAGAGAUAUCCUAAGGAAUAUACAACCUGGAGGGAAGAUCCUGUAAACUUCAAUGUGAACGGCGUCUAUCCUAUUAGGGAUUUGUGGGUGACAACUGCUGAAACUUGGAGAGAAAUCUUGUCAAAUCCUGGGGAGAGCUUUUUGGUGGUCACUCACAAAUCAAUAUUGAGGGCACUCGUCUGCACAGCUCUAGGGCUAGGCCCUAAAAGAUUUCGCGCAAUUGAUGUGAACAAUGGCGGAAUUUGUGUACUGAAUUUCAACAAAAGAGGAGAAGCUAUGCUUCAUUCUCUGAACAUGACUGCCCACAUGUACACUGACCUCACUUAUAUGCACUGAAUUUUGUUGCAACUUUCUGGAACCCAACGGACCACAGACCCAAAGACGACAGACCCAGAGACGGGUGGAGAAAGGACAAUCCCGAAAGAGAUGGGAUACUAACUCCUGAUCUUGCUGACAGAAAACACACACCGAGUCCACUGAUAAACCUCUGGACCGAAGCUUAAUAGUAAGCGGUAACGCAUCAUGGAUACGUUUCCAACCAAAAACCUUCCACCUUGGAAGAAUAGGCAAUCUCCAGAAAUGUUUCCACCAAGAAGAUGGAACCCGAACAGAAGAAACAAACGAAGAGCACUGUCGAACGAGCAUUGCAUAUGCAGUUUUAUAUGAAAAGGAACCGUCCCUGGUAAACUUCCAAUAUACAAAAUCAUCCAUCGGUUGAAGAGGCCGAUCUGGUGACAGAAUACGGGAAGGUAUAGGAUCAUCGGUAAAAUGAAUUUUAGAGGAGUAGUCCGUAGUGGCGUAGUAUAUUACUUUUAUAAAACAAUUUGCAUCAUCGCAUCAUUUGCAUGACCAAAUUUGUGACAAUUUUUAAGAUAAAAUCAUAAAACACAGGGGCCCUACAUAUUAGACAGAGAAAGGCCCUACAUAUUAGACAGGGAAAGGCUCAGCAUAAUCCUAUAACACAUAUCAUACAUUAGCAAAUACGAAGUAGCAAUCAUGUAGAAGAAGAAAUCUUAUUUUGGUCUCAAUUAUAAAAUGACUUCAUGUCAUCUUUUUUACAA